AUGCUAUGGGUGGAGACCAAGUUUUUUUUCUCGAAUCGAGGGGUAUGGGAGGCGAGGUUCUUCUUGAAGGAGCACGGGAAGCGAAACAAGACGUCGAUCCAGACCUCGGUCUACAACUUCCUGGAGCGCCCCACCGGCUGGAAGUGCUUCAUCUACCAUUUCACCGUCCACAGUUCCAUCUCCUCGGCUUGUUUCCGUGAAACUUCCCUCGAUGCUCCUCUCUCCUUCGCCGACGACGAAGUGGACGGGAAGAAGCACGGGGAAGAGAUUCCGAUGAAUCUCGAGAUUCCGAUGAAUUUCGAACCUCCCGAAGAAACUCAAGCUUUUCUCGCAAGAAAACCGCCUUCGAUCGGGCCCAAUGGUGUCCCACCUGUCUUCCUGCCCCUGGACAAGGCAUUUCGAGCCAAAUACAUCUUCAUGCAAAAAAGAACCAAAACGUUGAAAGAGCGCGUGUAUAUAUUCCUCGAACAUCCUGGCGGAUGGCUGUGCUUCAUGUACCAUUUCAUCGUUUUCAUGGUGGUCCUCAUUUGCCUUAUCUUCAGCGUUCUUUCAACCAUCGACCAAUACUCCAAUUUCGCCGAUAAAACCCUCUUCUGGAUGGAGAUCACCCUGGUGGUGUUCUUCGGAGUCGAGUACCUGGUCCGUUUAUGGAGUGCGGGGUGCAGGAGCAAGUACCGCGGGAUCCGCGGUCGGCUCCGCUUCGCCCGCAAGCCCAUCUCCAUCAUCGACCUGAUCGUGGUGGUGGCCUCGGUCGUGGUGCUCUCGGUGGGUUCGAAUGGGCAAGUGUUCGCCACCUCAGCCAUCCGAGGGAUCAGAUUCCUCCAAAUCCUUCGAAUGCUUCACGUGGAUCGCCAGGGCGGGACCUGGAGGCUCCUUGGAUCUGUCGUCUUCAUCCAUCGACAGGAGUUGAUCACGACGUUGUAUAUCGGAUUCCUGGGCCUCAUUUUCUCCAGCUACUUCGUUUACCUGGCCGAGAAGGAUGCCAUGGGACAGGAUGGGAAGUCUGACUUCACCAGCUACGCCGAUGCCCUCUGGUGGGGUGUAAUCACGGUGACGACUAUCGGGUAUGGGGACACCGUUCCCAGGACAUGGAUGGGGAAAAUCGUCGCAUCCUGUUUCAGCGUCUUUGCCAUUUCCUUCUUCGCCCUCCCAGCCGGGAUUCUGGGGAGCGGAUUCGCGUUGAAGGUGCAGCAGAAGCAGAGGCAGAAGCAUUUCAAUCGUCAGAUCCCGGCAGCAGCGCUUCUCAUUCAGUGUCUGUGGCGAUGUUACGCAGCGGACAAACGCUUCCAUUCCACGGCGACGUGGAGGAUUCACAUGAAGGAACACGGAAACAGUACCACUCAGCCAUCCACACCACUCGCUCGUGUCGGUUCUUCCAUUGCUCAGAUAAAGAAGCGCAGUGAGAGCAUUUUGAAGAGGAGGAUCUCGAAGAGCAAGAUGGAUGUAUCAAAUAACAUUCCUCCUGACCAUGGGGACAAUAACAACACUGACUCCUUCUACUACGUGGAGGACUCCCGAGCAGGAGGAUCAGUGGGGCACUCGACGAGGCCUCGUCGGACGAUCAGCCAAGCCUGCAGUCAGCCUGAUGCCACUUCCGAUGACAUCGAAAUGGAGAUGGACGAUCCCCCUCGCGUUUCCGUUGGGAUCCGUGUAAAUAGGUUAACGGAAGCCCACAAGAAUGCGAUCCGAGCCAUCAGGAAAAUAAAGUAUUUUGUGGCGAGGAGGCGAUUCCAACAGGCGAGGAAACCCUACGACGUCAGGGAUGUCAUCGAACAAUACUCUCAAGGACAUCUCAACAUGAUGGUCCGGAUCAAGGUCAGUUACUGCCCCCACCUUGAGAAAGUCACGAAAAGGGAUCAAGAGAGACGGGAGAGAAAACUGGGUCUGUUACUACAGGAGUUGCAGAGGCGGUUGGACCAGACUCUGGGGAAACCGGGGAGUUAUUUGGCUGGGAUAGACCCUAAGAGUGGAAAUGUGAAACCCACAACCAUCGGGGCCAGGCUCUACAGAAUCGAGCAGCAGAUGCAGUCGAUGGAUCGGAAGCUUAGUCACCUGUGCGUCCUCGUGGAUGCCCUCGUGAGGCAGACUACUAGCCACGCCCCUCAUGCCCUUUCUGAGGACGUAUAGCAGUGGAUGCUCUCAUGAGGCCUCCAGUCACUCUCCUCACGCCGUCUCCCAAGACACGUGGCAGUGCAUACUCCCCGUGUGACAGAUCAACCAUGCCUCUCACGCUCUCUCCGAGGACAUAUAGCAGGGGUGGCCAAACUGCGGCUCCCGAGCAGUUCAAGCGGGGCUCGCGGAGAAAGGCUGGGGGAAGAGCAGUGGUGUAAAAUUGGAGUGUUGGCGCUAGCAAAUGCAUGUGCAAAGUGGCGUGUAUCUUGUGACUCAGCCAUAUUACGAUUUUGUUAUGCGGCUCGUAAGAUGAGGAAGUUUGGCCACCCCUGUUAGCAUCCCCUCUCCUUCCCCUCCACUCCUUUUUAUUAAUUCCAUUCGCUGAUUGAAAGAUUCUCUCAGGGAUUCAUCUCUCACCUCCCAGUCAAACAAGUACUGUAUGGUUCUUGGUUCUCUUUUUCCUUCUGGUGUGGUUGGAAACUUGUGACCUUUCUCAUUCAUCUCCCUUCCAACUUUCUAGCUAUUUUGCACAAUUGAUGACUGAUCUCACAAGUUUUCCCAUGAGGGUGCUCUAUGCGUGAUACCAAUGGGUGAUAAUUGAUCUUAUAUACCUACAUUAAGAUGGAAGAACGCCCGAAAGAGAAGUUUUUUGAGCCUUGCAGUGCCUCCCAGCGCCUUUAUAUAUGAAAAUCUUAUUCCUCCAUUCGUUCUCCCCCUUUUAUACCUCGCCCUUGCAUUGCAUUCCAUAAAACCGAUCUUUCGCGUUUCUCUCACAUUUUCGCUAUCAGCUAAAUUAUUUACGUCUGCCACUCCUCCUCACGAAACUGGACAAUCCCAAAGGAAACAAAAACUUUGCGUAUUUAACACCUUGUAAAGAUGCUCGACGUGCCAUGUUUUAUCUUCAAAAACGUUCUGUGAGAGAAAGAGAUGCAGUUGCUGACUUGCCUUGAUCUUCAGAAGACCAGAUGGUGGAGAGGUAAAUGUGCUAUUGAAGAAGAAAGCGAUUCGGAUUCCUCGGAAGUGCUGAAAGUUGCCGGAGGCAAUCACACAGGGAAAAGGCACAGUUCGCAGGUGCAAAUCAAGAGUUGUUUCGUUCUUAAUUUCAUUAUUUCCACUGAAAUUCGAUACAUUGUUCAAUAUUUUCAAUCAUUCAAUUGAUUCGAUGCUGGAUACUCCAAAGGAUGAGCCAAUGAUGGGAAGACUGAGGAACAGUUUUACCACUUGGUGUUCCAAAUCCAUUGGAGAAGCUAUGGGGUCCAUGCUUUAUGAAUCUGAUUUCUCUUCUUUUUUUCUACUAGGGUGAUUUUAAUGAUCAUCAUGAUGUUCAUGGUCAUCAUCUCUAUGUAAGUUCAUAUUGGCCAAGUUUUUCUCCUGUUGUUUCUAGGAUAUUUUUCAUGCAAACUGCAAC